AGGGCGGGCGUUGGGCUAAGCGGUGUUAGCGAGGAAGAUGGCGGUGCUUCCCGGAGCCUCGGGCUGGCCGUGGUGGCGGCGGUGGCGAUGGCAAGGGCAGGGGGCUCCGCCUGUCCGGACAGGCUUCGGCAUUUUGCUCCUGUUUCUUUUGCUGGGUUCUGGGCCGGGGCUGGGGCCGGCCAAGGCAGACCAGACGGACGAGUACCUGAAGCGGGAGCACUCGCUGUCAAAGCCGUACCAGGGUGUUGGCACUAGUAGUUCUUCACUGUGGACCUUGAUGGGUAAUGCUAUGGUGAUGACACAGUAUAUCCGCCUUACCCCAGAUAUGCAGAGCAAACAGGGAGCCCUGUGGAACCGGGUGCCUUGCUAUUUGAGAGACUGGGAAUUGCAAGUGCAUUUCAAAAUCCAUGGACAAGGAAAGAAAAAUCUGAAUGGGGAUGGCUUUGCAAUCUGGUAUACAAAGGAUCGGAUGCAGCCAGGACCUGUCUUUGGGAGUAAGGACAACUUUGUAGGAUUGGGAGUAUUUGUAGACACCUAUCCCAAUGAGGAAAAACAGCAAGAGGCCCAGAAGAGGAGAUAUUCUCCAGGACUUCAGCGGGUGUUCCCUUAUGUCUCAGCCAUGGUGAGCAAUGGUUCCCUCAGCUAUGACCAUGAGCGGGAUGGGAGGCCCACGGAACUGGGUGGCUGCACAGCCAUGGUUCGAAAUCUCAACCAUGACACUUUCCUGGUGAUUCGCUAUGUCAAGAGGCGUCUGACGAUUAUGUUGGACAUUGAUGGCAAACAUGAGUGGAAGGACUGCAUUGAUGUACCUGGUGUCCGCCUACCUCGGGGCUACUUCUUUGGCACCUCUUCUGUCACUGGGGAUCUCUCAGAUAACCAUGAUAUCAUCUCCCUGAAACUUUUUGAGCUGACUGUAGAGCGAACUCCAGAAGAGGAAAAGCUACAUCGAGAUGUGUUUCUGCCCUCAGUGGACAAUAUGAAGCUGCCUGAGGUGACACUUCCAAUGGAGCCCUUAAGUGGACUAGCCCUCUUUCUCAUCGUCUUCUUCUCUCUCGUGGCUGCUGUGUUUGCUCUUGUCAUCGGCAUCAUUGUCUACAACAAAUGGCAGGACCAGAGUCGAAAGCGUUUCUACUGAGCUCUCGUGGCUGCCACCACUGUGGUUAUAACCCUUAUGCACUGGAUGAGAAGCAUUGGCCUCAACGUGCAGCCCAAAAGGAGGACUUCUCCCAUCUUGGAUAUCAGAGCCCUUGACUUUGUUUUGUAAUUGGAGCUUCAAACCCAGGGACACUGCCACUCAUUCCCAGAGGAAUCUGUGGGGACAUCUAACUCUGGGACAGGAACCCCAUUCACAAUGGGAACUGUGCUGCUGUGAUGUGCCUUUCCCUGAGGUCCUACUGGCUGGGAGCCAAGAAGGGUGGGGAGAAUGUACUCUUUGGGGUUUUUGUGAAAUUAUAAUCACAGGCCAAAAUUUUAUAGUGCAGGAUAUCUUGAAGGCCAAAGCAAAAGGGAAAUUGUACUUAAGUUUCUAAAUCCCUAAAGCACUGAGAAAUCAAUAACUCCUGGAUACUUCCAGCCAUCCAUUCACUGAUUUUCGUUGUGUCUUAGAAUUUUUUGUGGUGAGAUUUUUCUAUAAAUAAAUGACUCUUGCCCUGCCCCUCCCCACUUCCCUGCCAUGUUCCCUCUCUCCUUUUUCCAAAGUUCUCUUCCAGCUAGAAGCAGACUGAAUUGCUUCCCCCUUAUGGAUGGCUGAAAGUCUGGAGCUGCAAGAAAGCACGGCGUUUCCUUAACAUUUCCCUAAGAAUCAGGAGAUUGAGCAUAUUCUCUCCCUUUGUUUCAGUGAAGGCUUACCUCAAACUUCUAUCCCCUGUUCUGUGAUUAUGGGUCUUUGUUGAGUUUACCUGAUCGUCUGGCAGUGAGCCUCCCAACCAUCUACCUGUUAAAAUACCUUGAACAUUUUUGCUGGGGAAUGGUCACUAUGAAAAUAAGCUGGCUGGAAUUUAGGAUACUUUUUACUUAAGUGUGUAAAAGGACCCAGUUGCUCCAGGUUUUUAUAUACAACAGCUCCUUUAGUCUGUCCUGAUGCAUGUUUUAGGUUUGGUUUUUGCCAUAAAUGUUCAAAAAGUAUGAAGGCUUCCUCCCAUAUCCCAGGCUGGGUCUCUAUGGAGGAUUAUUUGGCCUUAUUAUUGGGAGAAACAAAAGCUUCUCCAAGGAAUAUUGAUCAACUUAAUCUCUCCUUAGAGGAGGUUUAACUAUAUUAUAAGGAGAAAUGUUCUCUGUAAACCUCCUGUUGUCUUGCCUGCUAGGGAGUCAUUUGCCUCCUUGUCAUUGAUAUGACUAAUUUGAUUAAUAGUCCAAAGUCCCAUCUAAAGAAGGAAGCCUUCAUCCUAUUCUAUGUAUAUCACAAAGGAAAUUCUUAAAGUGACUAACGGGUAAAAAAUGAGAUGGUGCCUCAGUGCCUUUCCACUUGGGGGUGAGUCUUGGGAGAUAUUUAAGCCUAAGACUCUGAAUGUGUCCCAUAUAGAAGUAAUCUCAGGAUAGGAAAGGGCCUGUGAUUCAUCUGUAAAUCCUGGCCCUUUUUGGCUUGGAGCCGUUUUCUAGUAGUCCUGGUGGUAAAUGAAACCACCAUUCUACAGCAGAGGUCUAUUAAUAAAAUCUCAGGUGGGACUGAAUCUGAAA